GUGGCUCCGCAGCCAGGGCUCUCCGCCUCCCCCCACCUGUACGAGGCCGGGCCCUCAGCAUCCCAUCCUUGCUGACUGGGCUCGGUCUUCUCCGCGGGUCCCCGUGCUAACAUUCAGGCCUGGGGUCCAGAGGCCUGGAGCUCACGCAGAACACUCUGGGGUAUCCGGGCCGAGAGCUGCAGGCCGAGUCCCUAGGGUUCCCCGACUCCCAGACGCCUUUCUAGGCCCAGGGAAGCCUGGCGACCGGGAGGCGCGGAGGAGGGGACGCCGGAUCUGAGGGCGCGCGACGCGUGAUCAGGCUGAGCAAUGGCGUUUCAAAAGGCAGUGAAAGGGACUAUUCUUGUGGGUGGAGGAGCUCUGGCCACUAUUUUGGGACUCUCUCAGUUUGCUCAUUACAGAAGGAAGCAAGUGAGCUUGGCCUAUGUGGAAGCAGCGGAGUGCUUCACAGAGCCUGUGAACACGGAGCCUCCUUCCAGAGAAGCUCAGCUCAUGACUUUGCGGAACACAUCGGAAUUUGACAUUCUUGUUAUUGGAGGAGGAGCCACAGGAUGUGGCUGUGCACUAGAUGCCGUCACCAGAGGACUGAAAACAGCCCUUGUAGAGAGAGAUGACUUCUCAUCGGGGACUAGCAGCAGAAGCACUAAAUUGAUCCAUGGUGGUGUGCGAUACCUCCAGAAGGCUAUCAUGAACUUGGAUGUUGAGCAGUAUAGGAUGGUGAAAGAAGCCCUUCAUGAACGUGCCAACUUACUUGAAAUCGCUCCUCAUUUAUCAGCUCCGUUGCCUAUAAUGCUUCCACUUUACAAGUGGUGGCAGUUACCUUAUUACUGGGUGGGAAUCAAGAUGUAUGAUCUGGUUGCAGGAAGUCAUUGCCUGAAGAGCAGUUACGUUCUCAGCAAAUCCAGAGCCCUCGAGCAUUUCCCCAUGCUCCAGAAGGACAAGCUGGUAGGAGCCAUUGUCUACUAUGAUGGACAACACAACGACGCACGGAUGAACCUCGCCAUCGCCCUCACUGCUGCCAGGUACGGGGCUGCCACGGCCAAUUACAUGGAGGUGGUAAGCUUGCUCAAGAAGACAGACCCGGAAACUGGGAAAGAGCGAGUGAGUGGUGCCCGGUGCAAGGAUGUGCUCACAGGGGAGGAGUUUGAUGUGAGAGCCAAGUGCGUCAUCAAUGCCACUGGCCCUUUCACAGACUCCGUGCGCAAAAUGGAUGAUGACAAUGUCGUUCCCAUCUGCCAGCCCAGUGCGGGGGUCCACAUUGUGAUGCCUGGUUACUACAGCCCUGAGAACAUGGGACUUCUUGAUCCUGCAACCAGUGAUGGCAGAGUUAUUUUCUUCUUGCCUUGGGAGAAGAUGACAAUUGCCGGCACCACUGAUUCGCCAACGGACAUCACACAGCAUCCUAUUCCUUCAGAAGAAGACAUUAACUUCAUCUUGAAUGAAGUGCGGAACUACCUAAGUUGUGACGUUGAAGUGAGAAGAGGAGAUGUCCUGGCAGCAUGGAGUGGUAUUCGUCCCCUUGUUACCGAUCCCAAGUCUGCAGACACUCAGUCCAUCUCUCGAAAUCAUGUUGUGGACGUCAGUGACAGCGGUCUCAUCACAAUAGCAGGUGGAAAGUGGACCACAUAUCGUUCCAUGGCAGAAGAUACUGUGAAUGCAGCUGUCAAGGUUCACAACUUGAAUGCAGGACCCAGUAGGACAGUUGGGCUGUUCCUUCAAGGAGGCAAAGAUUGGAGCCCCACGCUCUACAUCAGGCUUGUCCAGGACUAUGGGCUUGAGAGUGAGGUUGCACAACAUUUGGCCAAAACCUAUGGUGACAAGGCUUUUGAGGUAGCCAAAAUGGCAAGUGUGACUGGGAAACGGUGGCCUGUCGUUGGAGUGCGUCUUGUGUCAGAAUUUCCGUACAUCGAAGCAGAGGUGAAAUACGGGAUUAAGGAAUAUGCGUGCACCGCAGUUGACAUGAUUUCACGUCGCACCCGCCUGGCCUUUCUCAAUGUUCAGGCUGCAGAGGAGGCCCUGCCCAGGAUUGUUGAGUUAAUGGGCAGAGAAUUGAACUGGAGUGAACUGAGGAAGCAGGAAGAACUUGACGCAGCCACAAGGUUUUUGUACUAUGAAAUGGGCUAUAAGUCUCGAACAGAACAACUCACAGAUAGAACUGAAAUCAGCCUGCUACCUUCAGACAUCGAUAGGUACAAGAAGAGAUUUCAUAAAUUCGAUGAAGACGAAAAAGGCUUCAUUACCAUUGUUGAUGUUCAGCGUGUACUAGAGAGUAUCAAUGUACAAAUGGACGAAAACACACUGCAUGAAAUUCUCUGCGAAGUAGAUCUGAACAAAAAUGGACAGGUUGAGCUCCAUGAGUUUCUGCAGCUGAUGAGCGCAAUUCAGAAAGGAAGAGUGUCUGGAAGCCGGCUUGCCAUCCUGAUGAAAACUGCCGAGGAGAACUUGAACCGCAGAGUUCCAAUCCCUGUGGAUCGUAGUUGUGGAGGAUUGUGAGUCUGACCAGUAAAUCCACAACCAGCAAGCAUAGGACAGCCUGCACUAUGUACAACCAGAGAUGACUUAAACCACUCUAAAAUAGUGGCUAUUGUAGCUGCCUUUUUUUAAACAAACAAACAAACAAACAAACAAACAAGAUCAAAGAAAAGGAAUAAGCAAACAAACAAUCAAACAAAAAACACUGGAAAAACAUUCCAAAACCUGUAAGAGGUUGGUGUGUUUGCCAACUUCUCUUGCCAAUACUUUAUUUGUGUUUGCCAAUCAGUUUAGCUUCUACAAAGUGCUUUUCUUAUUUUUUUAGAGCACAUUGAUUUAAUGUUUUGUAUCCGUUUUGUAACCUGUCAGAAUUGACACUCUGCCCGUCCAUUCAUUCAUUUAAACUAGUUCUAGAGGCAGACUCCCUAUAGAUGGGAAAGAUGGUAGAAAGAUUUGUGAGCACCCAAGAGUUCAGGAGCUAGAGCCUGUAGAUAGCAUUUUUUUUCUCUUUUUAGAAAAUCAUUUGACCUCUCGGCAUGAAAAUGUUUUGGGAGACUUCUCAGCCCUGUCUUGCUACCCACCCCCUUCCAAUUAAUACCGAACACUUCUCUGUCUGGACUAACUCUGGCUAAUCUGGAGAGGGAAGACAAAGUUUAGAUCUGGUUGAGAUUUGGUUACAUUUCUAAAAGAGAAACUCCGAGAGCUUCCAGAAUUGCAGGCGUAAGAUAAAGACAGCGCUGACAUUUGCCGGGAGGUACGGUGAUAGCUGCUUCUCAGCAGUUCAUUUUUUCCCCCCAGGCACUGCUGGCUUUCUUUGACUAUUAUAGUUGCCAGAAAAAUCCUUGCUUUUUUUACUUUAAAACCAGCAUUUGAGUGGCAAGUUGGAUAUAACAGGAUGAGACCAAAUCUUUCCAUUCCUCAUGGGAGUAAUGAUAGAACACAAUUUUCAAUCCCACAAGUCCUGAGCCUUGCAGCGUGUGGUAUUGUCAGGGCCUGUUCUUGUCGGGGUGGGCAGUAGUGGUGGUAUUUGCAAAGAGAUAAUAAAAAAGAAUUGGGCAGAUUUCCGUUAACUUUAAUUAUGAAAUUAAAAUAAGGCAUGCCACUUUAAUAUUGGAGGCCGGUCUGUUUGACAAAGGGCCUUUCUCUUUGUGUACUCAAUGGAAAAAAUUCUCUUUCUAACAAAAAAUAAAAUAAAAUAAAAAUCAGAGAAAGACAUCAGGCAUAUACAUAUAUAUAUACACAGAAAUCAAACCGAAAAGUCAGCGCCCACUGAACUCAGCAAAUAGUGCACAAACAGAGAUGACAGAUAGAAGAUGGUUUUGUUAAAUUCUGUUGGCAUUGUAACUAGUAAUCUUAAUACUUAUUAAUUGGCUUCCCUUUUCUGAAACUACCAACAAUUAGCCUCCUGUGCACAGUAGGAAAGGUACCUCUUCAUUCACACUUGUCUCCUGACAGGCUUUGUUGCGCAGAUUAUGUCCUAGCUUUGUGAACUGGUACAUAAAACACCUUUGUGCUACUAUUCUGCUUAUGCAAACAUUGUGUCUUUCUGCCUCAUUCAUUAUGGGUUAUGAGUCCACAUAUCAUAAUGUUAAACUGGGAGGUUCUCAGCCCCCACCUCACCCACCCCCACCCCACCCCACCCCUGAAAUAUGCAGAGACCGUAGGGAGAGACAGCUCAACUCAUUAAUAAAUGAAGUAUAGAUGCUUCCACUUCUGUGUCAGGGAAACCUGACACAAGACAAGUGAUGUCACAGCAGAUGUCACUGUGAAUUCUUUUCUUUCAAAGUGUCAUUUUUUUACAAUGAUUCUUUUUUUUUUUAAAUAAAUGAAAGCAUGUGCAGUUUAGUGGUUUUUUUCUAUCGUGACAAUAAAGUUCUCUUUAUACCUCGUGACAGUCAAGUCAGCAGAAAAGCUAUCCUUUAAGACAUCCCAGCUGAUAUAUCACAAUAUUCUACAUCACUACUCCCUUCCUUUCUCUUUUUCUCUCUCUUUCUAGUUAGAUCAAGAUAACGGUGGCUUGUGUCAUCUGAGAUUCUCUUACAGUAGGGACUGGGCUCAGAAUGUGACUUGCUUAGGCCGAUCUGUGCUUGGAGAGCAGGUCUUGUUUGUAUAUGCUGUGUGCUAUGAAUGAAGUUCCUUAAGGACAAAGGGAAGUGCACCAUGCUUCAUUUGAGCAUAUCUGCCUUGGCUUAAAAUCUGCUCGUUCUAAAAUGUGCUCCUUCACCCAUCCCAGAGACUCACAUUGGACACGAACUACUUUUAUCACGUUCCUGUGAGAAUAGCACCCCAGCAUUUCUCUAGAGUUCCCAAUUAAACCUGUACAGGCUUUUACAUUUUAAAUCCAAUUUAAGCAAAGGAGAAAGGACAUAGGGGAAGAAGCCCCUUUAAAACUCAUUCAGAGAAUAAACCAUUGUUUGUCUUUUUCAUAUAAAGCCGGUUUUUGUUGAUUUUGUUUGGGUGUGGGAGUGGGUGCACAGAGAUCUCUCCUUUUUAUCUUCAAGUGAUUUAUUUCCUUUGACGGGAUUCAGGUGAAGGAACCCCAUCUGUGCUGGAGAGCUGCAUAUACCUUUAACUAGCCUCCAUCCCAGUUGUAAUAACAGUGAUAACGCUGGGUUACUGGUUUAGCUACGGUUGUCUGCCUCAUAGUCAUCAUGCUGCUUAUUCCUGCUUUCCAGUCUGUUCAUACUCAGUGUGACAUCAGGUCUCUGCUCUCAAAUGCAUGGUUCGUAAUCUGCCUUAGGUUAUGCCUUGAUUUUGUCUAUUUUAAAAUAUGUACAGCAAAAAUGUUCAUUCUGAUUUUAACUCAGUACAACAUAGAGGCUGUCAUUGAUUUUUUUUCUUGUUCCCCCUUUUUUAUUUGUAAAGGUCUUUUUGCAUAUGAAUGUAAUCACAUUGGUGUCACUGAUGCUGUAAAAUUGCAUUGCAUUUUACUCUAGUGAGUAAAAAAAGAGCCCUACUGUGUUUUACAAGAACAUCAGCUCUUAGCCCAGUCCUGGAGUGGACACACUUGCUGCAUGUCCUCUUACUUUCUCAGUUUUAUGUAUUGUGUUGGGUUAUCGUUCUACACUGGACUGUUAAAUGCCGUCUGUGAGGCUGGACUGUCACUUUUAUAACUGUCUUCAUAUUUUAUCGCCAUUAUUUAUUACUUUUGAUAUACAGAAUGAGCCGCAUGCAUUUAUAGAGCAAUAAGAAGAUGUAUUUAAUGUGCCUUGUUUUUAACUGAGUAAGAGCUGAAAGCAUGAAUCAAUAAAACUGAUUAAAGCGG